CCCCUACUAUAAGCACGGAUCAAUUGCAGCCAAACAUUCUAUCAAACCUUAUUUAAAAUAUCUUAGUUCUGAUUAAGCUUACCUUCCAUGGCUAAUCAACAGAAAUUGCAAAUUUUUCUUAUUUUUCAUAUUUAUUUUCACUGCCUCAUCAUAGCUCAGCCUGAUUUACUAUUCUCCGAUUGUGGUCUCAAUGGUAACUACACUCAAAAUAGUGCAUACCAGAGCAAUCUUAACACACUCCUUUCCUCCCUUUCUUCAAAUAUGGAUGAAUAUGGUUUCUACAACACUUCCAUUGGCCGAAACACCGACAUAGUCAGUGCUAUUGUGCUCUGUAGAGGAGAUGUGGAGCUGCAAGAAUGUCGCAACUGUGUCAAUAACACUGUUCAUAAGCUUGUACGGUCAUGUCCAGAACAGAAAGAAGCUUUUGGUGGGUAUGAUGACUGUAUGUUACAGUAUACUUCUCGAUCAAUCAUUGGUACCUCGUCGAAUGAUCCUCUGCUCUACAUGUGGGAUUCUGGAAAUGCCUCUAAACCCGAAGAGUUUAACCGGGAGCUCCAGAAAUUAGUGGAUAGAUUACGAGGGGAAGCUGCAAAUGGUGAUCCUCUUCGCAAAUAUGCCACUGGUAGUGCCACGGAUCCAAAUGAUCAGACUAUAUAUGCACUCGUGCAAUGUACUCCUGAUUUAUCUCCUCAGGAUUGCUCCGAUUGCUUAACGAAUGCUUAUGGAGCUAUGGCUACUUGUCCCUGUAAUGGCAAUAGAUGCAGUAGACAAAUAGGACCUAGGUGCAACUUCCGUUAUCAGAGUUAUCGCUUCUUCAAACAGGUGGCUGUCCAAUCUCAUUCUCCACCACCAGGUCGGAGCGCCUUUGCAGUAAAGGAGGAUAAAUCUGCUAGAAUAGUCAUUAUCAUUGUUGUGUCAACUGUUGCAACGAUAAUUCUUAUGCUUUCUACUUUUGUCAUCUUGAUGAAGAUGAGAAAGAGGAAGCUUAUGCACAAAAUUCAGAAAUUCUUGCAGUUUGAUCUCUCUACAAUUAGAGCAGCAACAGAUAACUUCUCAAGUUCUAAUAAGUUGGGAGAAGGUGGAUUUGGUCCUGUGUACAAGGGUGUGCUUUCAAAUGGACUAGAAGUAGCAGUCAAAAGAUUGUCAGUAGAUUCAGGCCAAGGAGAUCUAGAAUUCAAAAACGAGGUCUUGUUGGUUGCAAGGCUUCAACAUAGGAAUUUGGUUAGAUUGCAAGGAUUUUGUUUCGAUGGAACAGAGAGACUUCUUGUCUAUGAAUUUGUUCCUAAUGCAAGCCUUGACCAAUUUUUAUAUGAUCCAGAUAAACGUAAGCAAUUGAAUUGGGAAAAGAGAUCCAAAAUUAUAGGAGGCGUUGCUAAGGGGAUCCUUUAUCUUCAUGAGGAUUCUAGGCUUCGGAUCAUUCAUCGUGAUCUCAAAGCUAGUAAUGUUCUACUCGAUGCAGAAAUGAAUCCUAAAAUCUCAGACUUUGGCAUGGCAAGGUUGUUUACGCUGGAUGAAACUCAAGGCAGCACAACCAGAAUUGUUGGGACCUAUGGAUAUAUGGCACCGGAGUAUGCAAUGCACGGGCAAUUCUCAGUCAAAUCAGAUGUUUUUAGCUUUGGAGUACUAGUCCUUGAAAUUAUAAGUGGCCAAAAGAACACUUGUUUCAGAAAUGGAGAAUCAGUGGAAGACCUACUAAGCAAUGCUUGGAUGAACUGGCGCGAAGAAACAACUACAAAUUUGAUAGACCCCAUGUUGAGGGGAAGCUCAGGAAUGGCUCGUGACAUAAUGAGAUGCAUUCACAUAGCAUUACUGUGCGUUCAAGAAAAUAUUUCUGAUAGACCAACCAUGGCUGCAGUAGUUCUCAUGCUCAGUAGCCUAUCCUUGAAUCUUCCCCUGCCUUCAGGGCCUGCAUACUAUACACACAACGAUAUUACUUCAGGGAUCUCACUUACUCAAGAAUACAAUUCAAGAUCAUCAGGACCUAGAGAAUUAGCCAAAAGUAAAUCUAUUAGUUCAUCACAUAAUGAGGCAUCGAUAACUGAGUUAUCCCCUCGUUAACAUCCUUAGACAUAAUACCCUUCUUUCCUGAGUGUUGUGAAUUAGUUUGUUGUUUGUUCCUAACUCUAGUUAGUCUAGAAUUCAUGAGGUUGAUAUUUAUUAA